GCUGCAGGGCUGACCUGAACCACCACACGCUCCGGCCGCGUUUUGAGGCGACUCGGACGGGUUAGGGUCCGGAAAAGACCCGGUGGACUGAAGUAAACCGAACCGGUCCGUCUACAGAAGAACCUCGUCGCUAAAGAGACAAAAGCUUCAGGAUAUGAAGCCUGAGUGAAAGUUCCAAAACUAACUCUGACUUUCCGGCCACUUGGACAGACGCGCCUGCGCAAUUACGCACACACGCACCAAACACGCGCUCUGUUACGGUUCGGAAAAGACCCGUUGGACUGGACUGGACUGAACUGAACCGGUCCGUCUACAGAAGAACCUGGCUGCUGAAGAGACAAAAAGCUUCAGGAUGUGAAGCCUGAGUGAAAGUUCCAAAACUAACUGACGCACGCCUGCGCAAUUACGCACACACGCACCAAACACGCGCUCUGUCAUGGUUCGAGUAGGACUGAACUGAACUGAACUGAAUCAAACACUAGACUCAAACACUAGAAGAGACAAACUCUUCAGGAUAUGAAGCCUGAGUGAAAGUUCCAAAACUAACUCGGACUCUCCGGCCACUUGGAUAGACGCGGCGCUCACGCACGCACCAAGUGUUGUGAAGUUUCCUCCGCUUUACCCCCCCCCCCCCAGGGGUGGAUGACAGAGGAUGGUGGAGAGCCGCUGUGUCCAGAGGGAGGGGGUGUACCGCUGGUUCUCCUCCCUCACCUCCGCCCAGAGAGCGGAGUUCCUGUGCGGCCUGCUGGAUCUGUGCGUCCCCAUAGAGCUCCGCUUCCUGGGCUCCUGCCUGGAGGAUCUGGCCCGGAAGGACUACCACUCACUGCGGGAUGCGGAGAUUAAAGCCAACAACCCCACGGACCUGUCCGGCCUCACCAACAUCACAGAUGAGGUGGUGCGCAGUAAGCUGCUGGUGUCCCUGGCGCUGCUCGGGUCCGAUAACCGGGAGGCGGCGGGCGUCCUUUACCGGACCCUGACGCACAUAGACGCGGUCAUUAACAACUACGGCCUGGCGUUGAACGACGGGAGGACCGAGGAGCAGUUCCUGCUGCUGUUCACCAUGGCCUCCAACCACCCGGCCUUCACCUUCCACCAGAAACAGGUGCUGAGGCACCAGCUGGGCCACAUCCACGACAUCCUCCAGGUCGACAGCGGAGGCGCCGUCGAAGCCCAGGGAACGGCGCCCGGCGUGGAUCGCUCUGCCGUCUGUUACGCUCAGCCUCAUCUCCACUAUCGCCAUCAGGCCUCGCUGUCGCCUGCCGCCGGCGCCGCCUACCUGCCGCUGUCCGCCUGCCAACCCUGCCACGCCCACUGCACCUGCUGGUACAAGACCAGAGAGGCUGCCCUGGUGUCCGGCCUGGCCUUAGGGGUCACCGUGGGCCGAGGAGACCAAGUGCUGGGCCAGGACCUCCCCCCUCCUCACCCGGACGUCCCGCCUCCAGCUCCUCCUCCAGCUCCUCCUCCAGCUCCGCCUCCAGCUCCGCUACACCCACCUCCUUCUCUACCUGCAGUUCAAGGCCAGGAGGCAGCAGGUCCGACCAAGACCCACCAGGGCCGAACACCCAAAGUGGUCGUUGACAGAGUGGUGCUGAGAGGAGUCACACACAAGUCAGAAGACGCCACCGACUUUGUGUUUGAGGCCAACUGGUCGGAUGGAUUGGUAUCGUCUGUGGUCCGGACUCGGCAGGAGGUGACGGAUCUGCUGUCCCAGCUGUCACAAACGUUUCCUGAUGAAGGAGUGGAAAAGUUUCUCCCUCAGUCCAUGGAAGUGGAUCCAAGGUGUCUGUCGGCGCUGCCCUGUCACGUCCUCCACCAUCACAGCGUCCACUCGUUCUUCUCGUCCGCCCGGCCUCUCUCACCCAGCCUCCCCUCGUCCCUUCCACCUUUACCAUCCUCCCCUCCCACCGCUCCUGUAGCACCCACCUGUCCGUUCACCUCCAGCUCCGGUCUUGGCUGUUUGGUCCAGUACAAAGGAACCAACAGGGCGGUCUACAGGGUGGCCAGUGUCCAGCCCGUUGUCAGCACCCACAGCUCCGUCAUCACCCACUCCCCCCCUCACCUCUCUCCCCUCCCUCCCCCUCUUCCACCCUCCGUUCCCUCCCACCCCCCUCAGCACUCUCCUCAGAUGUCCCCCCUGCCUCCCCCCCUGCCUCCCCCCCUACCCACCCAGGGCUCCAUGUCCAGCGGAGGUGACCCCCACCCCCACCCCCAGCACCAGCACCCCCUCCAGCCCCAGUCCACCGGCCCCGCCCAGCCUGGUCCGCAGCCCCCCCAGGCCCAGCACCUGGCCCCCCCUCAGCCGGGACCCCACCCACAUUCCCUGUCCCUGUCGUUCUCCCAGUCCCGAUCCCAGUCCCAUUCCCAGAUCCCAUCCCAGUCGCUGGGCGGCGCUCCGGAACAGAACGGCAUCCUGGACUGGCUCCGACGUCUGCGCCUCCACAAGUACUACCCCGUCUUCAGACAGCUGACCAUGGAGGAGUUCUUAGCUCUGACGGAGGAGGAUCUGAACAAGUACGACCUCACCCAAGGAGCCAAGAAGAAACUGAAGACUCAACUGGAGCUGCAGAAGUCUGUGGACAGAGAAAUGAAGACAGAGAAGAGGUCGUGCAGCGGCAUCGCCAGGGUGACCCCGUCCAGUCACAUAGGGCCCCCGACACACCCCACCCCCACCGCAGGAGAGCUGCGGGUGGAGGUGGACGCCGUGCCUCACCACCACCAGCCCGUGUCCACAGACAGCAGCUCGUCUUCAGGGUACUCCAGCUCCUCCUGCUCCCCUCGGACCCCCCUCUGCUGUGACUCCGCCUUCGACAGGACCAGAGACAUCCACAGGCGUCCAGGUCCAGAUGGAGCCGGUGCUGGUCCAGAGAAGGACCGGUCCUGCCUGUUCAUCCUCAGCUCGUCCGGUUCCAGUCGGCCCACGGCCCAGGUUCUACCGGUCCAAACGGAUCCAGCUCCUCCUCCUCUGUCUGGCUCCUCCCACCUCCCCUUCGGCGUCCCUCAGUCUCCUUACCCUCCCCCCCAGGCCACCUACCCUCAAACCCUUCUGUCUCCAGUCUCAAACCAGACGCGCAUUCUGACCUCCCCGCGGAAGCCCCGCCCCCCUCCACUGUGCGCCGAUGACAGGACUAAGCCGCUGGGCUCGGGGCUUCCCUCCGCUGUGGGGGUGGGGGUGGGGGUGAGGCUGGAGACCCUGUUCCCCGGCCUGGGCGUGGGUGGCGGCUCUGUGCUGCAGGACUCGGGGUGUCGGGGGGGUCUGAUGGUGGAGACAAGCUCCGCCCUCACGUCCACCUCCAACAGCCACCACCAUGUGUCCCACCCCCCCCUCCACUUCCACCUGUCCUCCUCCUCCCCCUCUGCAUCUGGAUACUACUCCUGCACGCCCACCUCCUCCUCCUGUCCCUCCUCAAAGUCUGGUUUUGUUCCCAUGGCAACCGCCACCAGCGUCCCUGUGGCCGCGGUGCCCGGCAACACUUACUUCCCCCCUCAACCCACGUCCAGCCCCUCCCCCUCCCCCUCCUCUGCCACCUCACUGGAUUGCUCUCCUGUCAAUCACAGCUCAGGUCACGCCCCCUCGGUCUGUGUCUGCAGCUCCUGCGGUUGCCGGGGCAACUGCGGCGCCUACGGGGCGUUACCCAAUUACGCGGCGGCCGGCUACCUGCAGCCGUUCUCUGGCCCCUCCCUCUUCACCCUGGGGCCCCUCCUCCACCUCAGUCCCCUCAUAGCCUCGUCCGGCUCCCCGGGAAACGGAGCCACGCCCUUCUCCUACCCGAUGAUGGUGCCGCCGCCGCUUUACCGCCACAGCCCCGUGUCACAUGACCAGCAGCUGCAGGGCUUCGGCCUGUACAAGCAGCACGGCCUCAUGGGAAGCGGAGUUCAGAAGCGGGCGUUGGCUAAUGUGUCGUGUUAUAACUGCGGCGCCAACGGACACAGAGCCGAAGACUGUAAACAACCGCCCAUGGACGCAACGCAGCAAGGGACAUUUCGGCUCAAGUACACUCCACACUCUGACAGUAAAGACUCGGGGGACUAACCACAACCUGAACCUCCAUGACCCUAAACCCAGCUGGACCUCAUGUCACAGUGUCAACAUCCACCUGAGUCUGUCUGAGGACCGCUGAGGUCCUCCGGUUCCGCACGGUGUUUGGAACGGAGUCAAGCAGAAAGACGAUUACAGACGGAGUCAAACAGAGACGAUUACAGACGGAAGGAAGGUGGAAGGGGCGGAGCCAAGCAGAGACGUUUACAGACAGAAGGUGGAAGGAACAGUCCCAGGAUGUGAUCGGACUGGGUUCAACACUGACAGAGAAAAAAGAUCUGAGCACGAAGACGCAGACGGAGCUGAUCCACAGAAGGAAAGCACCGACAGCUGUUCCUCCACUGACAGUAACACUGCAGACCAACACUGAGCGUCUGUAGGGUCGGACAGGUUUACAUAACACAGGUUUUAUGGACGAUAUUAACGAUGUUUAUACAGUAUAUGGACAUAAAUAUUGGGACACGUCAUGUCUACAGCUGUCAGAUGUUCCUGUUCAUGAGGAUCUGAGGUAAAAAUAUCAAUAUUUCCUGAAAGUUUAAUGGGAGAGUGAUGAAAGUAGAUGGGUAGAUGAUGAAGAAAAUUAUUAUUUACAGUCAGAGCAGGACAAAUAUUUUAGAAAUUUAGAGAUAUGGAUAAAAAAACAACAAAAAAACUAAAUCUCUGUGGUGUUUUAGAAACCAAGAUAACAAUUCAAACCAAACUAACCAAUUUUUCUCAACACUGAUUUUUUUUUUUUGUUUUUUAUCCAUGAUUAUGAUUUUAAAUGUUCUACCUCUAAAUUUCUCAAAUAUUUUUCCUGUUCUGACUGUAAAUAAUAAUUUUUACACCAAUACUUUUAAGUUUUGCACUCCACUGCUUUUAGUCUGUGUCCAGUUGUUCAGACUUAGUUCAAUUUCUUUCUGUUAUAUUCAACUCUGGUGCAUAAGGUGGAUUUUGGGGCCGGCACAGUGUUACAAAACAAUACAGUACAAUACAAUACAAUACAGUACAAUACAAUACAGUACAAUAGCUGUGUCACCUUUGUUAUUAAGCCUGAAAAUAUCUGUGUUUUGGCGUUUCAGUUCAACAUAAUGUAAAAGCUGGUAUUGGUGGAAAAGUGCAGAUUCCAUAAUCUACUGAUCCAAGUUUUCUAUCGUUUUUUUUUUUUUUUAACCCAUAAAGACCUAAACAGUAGCAACCAAAACUAUCGACUGAUCUAAAAUAUUUAAUAACGUCUGAACCACUAACUUCUGGAAACACGAUCAUCCUCUGGAAUACUGAUUCACCAGUAAACCCAUAGACUUGGAUUAAUGACAGGAUCUCUACAGGCUUGUUUUUUAAUACAUUUGGCUGAAAAAGUCACUUUUUCUUCAGUUUUCUCUAUUUUUGAUACAAUAACCUUUGAAUGUACUAUCAGCUUCUGCAAACAUUUAGAUGAUCAGUGAACUGAAAAUAGGAAAAUACCUGAUUUUCACCGAAAAAUGCUAAAUGGGUGUUUCAGUGAAACUGGUUUUAAAAACAGGACAGAGAAGCUAAACAUCCAAACCAGAUGUAGAUGAAUGUUAUGAAGCAGGUUUGGAAACACUUAUGGUUUAUUUAAAAGUAAAUAUUUACUGAGAUAAAAGAAACUAUUUUUCAGAUAAAAGACAUUUUUGUAAUUUUUUAAAUACAAAAAUCCACAUGUAAAACCGUAAAGCUGAUGACAGGAUAUCAACUGUCUCUAUAUAUGUGCCAAGUUUGAAGUAAAUUGAAACAAAAUUGAUGUUUUUAUAGGCAUGUGAAAUCUCCCCCAUUAUAAGUAAAUGAGGGGAAAAAGUCUUUAAAAAUUCAUAAAAAAU